UGUGGAAAGCCAUAAGAGUCAUAAAUCAAGGCUGGAGAUCGAUUUUCCCAUCUUCAGGGAAUCAGGAAAUGGCAUGGCUGUGAUGUGCUGAUAGAACAAACUCGUGUGUUUUCUUUUAUUUAUUGUAGGUCAAGUUGUUUUGAGGUCAGUGAGAAAGGCUAAUUCAUUAUUCACGAGGAAGAUACCUCAGGAGAAUGAAGAGCCGCAAAGAGGACUAGGAACGUCUAAGAGCUCCAGACGUGAACCUUGUGGUGGAAGAUCUGCUGUGGAUAGACGCUGAUACAACAGCCAAAUGGCGAAGGGCAAAAGAAAAUCGAAGGAGUCCACGGGCCGGAAAAUCACGUUCAAGAUGGCGAGAAGCGCCGUGAAGCUGACGGUGGACGGCAAGCGGCGUUUAGACCUCAGCAACAUGGAGAUCGCCGCGUUUCCCAAAUGCAUCCUGCAGCUGUGCGACGUGGACGAGCUGGACCUGAGCCGCAACAAGCUCAAGAAGAUUCCCGACUCGAUCCGCAAGUUCGCCAACCUGCGCCUGUUAGACCUGCACAGCAACCAUCUGGAGGAGCUUCCACAGGCCAUCGGGAGCCUGAUGAAACUCCAGAACCUCAACGUGUGCAACAACAGGCUGACCACGCCCGGGAUUCCACAUGAGCUCGGGCUCCUCAAGAACCUCCGGAGCCUUAACCUGGGCAUGAACCAGAUCGACACGCUUCCUCGGGUUUUAUCCGGCCUGAUGGAGCUUCGCCAGCUCGGGCUCUUCAACAACCUUUUGACUCGUGUCCCGCUCUGGCUCCAGAAGUUACCCAACCUUCAAACGGUCAACAUCAAGGAGAACCUACUGCCUUCUGAAGAUCCGGUGAAACCGAGCGAGGUUCGAAAGGUGGAGUGUUUGUACCUGGUCAGGGAGGGCUGCCUGUGUUGUGAAUGUCUUGAGAAGUGCAAGGAAGAGAGAGGCAGGAUAGACCAAAGGAUCCAGAGUGAAGGUCCGGGUCAGAGAAGGUGCAUCGCUAGGAUGGUGACGACCCUCUCAGCACAGGAUGAUCAAGCUGUGAGAAGAUGAUCAGGGCGGUUUUUCGGGGGAAUUCUGGGUAAAGCUUUAUUAAAGGGUGAUAUGCAUACCAACAAUAGUCUUAUUAAUCAAUAAAUACAAGCAAUUUAUGAA